AUGGCGACAUCUUUAGCACAAACAAGAUCUAAUUACAAAAUUCCAAAGAAAUAUUUUAUCAGUGGAAUAGUAUAUCCAAAUGCAAGUAUUGAACAUGUAAUUCAGUGUUCUAAAAUUAUGAUUGAAGAACUACAAGAAGACGACUGGCUUGUUCUAUGUCUAGGAUCCAAUGACUCGAACCCAAUUAAAAUAGGCGUGGAGCUGUCGUCAUUACUUAAGAAACAAAAUAAGGCAAAAAUAUUAGUGACCAGUGUAAUUUAA